AUGUUAAAUUUUCAAUUAUGGAACAAAAGAGAGAAGUUUACGUCACAGAUGACAGUUAUAGGAAGAGCCAUCGGGCAGGCACUAGAAUACCAGCUCAAGCUUAGACCUAUACAAUGUUGUCGGACGAUGUUGUUUGCUGAACUUGUGGCAGAUAAACCGUAUUCUGCAAUCAGCACAAAAGUUCUAAUGCGCUCUUAUCAACGUUCAUCGGUCAUUCAAAAAUCCAAUGACGGAAAAUCUUUGAUUGUUCAUAUUGAUGGUUGUGCAAUCAAUAAUGGCCAACCUGAUGCUCGAGCUGGUAUAGGUGUAUUUUGGGGUGAAGAUGAUCCAAGGUUUUUGAACAAAUUACUCUUCGUAUUAGCUGUUUUGGUGAAUGAUUCUAUGAUUAAUCUUAAUAUUGUGCCUACCCUUGAUGAUAGGAACUUGAAUGAACCAUUGGAAGACGGUAGACAAACAAAUCAAAGAGCUGAAAUUAUGGCAGCAAUCCGUGCCUUGGAAACUUGUAAUGAUACAAAAUCGGCUUUGUUAGUGUGCACUGACAGCAUCUAUUUAAAGAAGGCGUACCAAAAGUGGAUAACGAAGUGGGAAGCGAAUGAAGAAAAGAAUGAGAACGGUGGAUGGAAGACAUCGAACAACAAACCAGUGGCAAACGAAGAUUUGUUCCGAAGGUUGAUCGCGCUUAUUAGGUCAAGAGAAGGAGUGGUUAAUAUUAAAUGGGUGAAGGCACACCACAAAUCGAAGGCUAAUAUUGCAGCAGACAAACUGGCCAAUCUGGGCGCAUCGAAGAGUAGUAAUACUGCUACCGCUUCGGCUGCAGCUAAAUUAGACUCUAUCGUCAAGAAACCCAAAAGGCAAGCUGUCAACUGUGAGAAGAAGGAUCAGGACAAGAUCUAUUUAUUGCUGUCAUCUCUGUCAAAUGCCUCUUCUAUUGCUAACGCUGGCUCACCAUCUAUCAAUGCUAAUGGCAGUAGUUUAACAAAAAAAACUGAUGGGAGUGUAAAUAUGAUGAUGCAUGAAGCUCAGGAGGUAGGCAAGGUGGCGACAGAUCAAGAGAUGUGGGUAUUAUCACCGAUGGGCGAAUGUCUUACUUUUAUCUCUUCCUUCCCUAAAAUACUAAGCGGUCUAUGCCAAUUUAAAAAGAACUUGUUAUCGAACUAUGAUAUCCAAGUUUAUGGCUUCAUAUCAAUUUAUCAAACAUUAUUAGCUGCUGUUCAUUACGGAUGGAAUCAAGAGAGUCAGAUAAUCUCUCACUUGUCCGAGAGUAGUGGCGACCUUUACUCAUGCUUGCUUGUUAACCAAAUGUGGAGCGAAUGCGCUGUUGUGCAUCUAUGGCAUACACCUUUCUAUUGGAGCGGUCAUAAAGCAGGUGCAAUGGUAAAGUCGUUUUUACAGCUACUACCAAGUGAUUGUUUUGAAGAUUUGGAAUAUUUAAUGGGAAUUCACAUGCCACCUCGGAAUACACAACCGACGUUUAGCUAUCUAAGUUUUAUUCGUACAAUGAAAAUUAUCUAUUGCAUUAAUGCAGUAGAAUUCUAUCUUGACAUAGUCAAUGCUAUGAUAGGUCUGGACAGUUUCUCUGAAACGGAUACACGGUUAUUGCUUUUGCGAUUGUGCAAGGGAAUUGUCGCAAACUGUCCUUCAUUAAGGGAAAUUGAUUUGACAGGUCUAAGUUUCGAUGACAAAUUUCACAGCUAUAAAUGGACCGCCAAAUCCUGGAAUUUUUUUAACGUCGGAGGCAUAAAACCCAAUCUCGGGCAGUUGAAGCGGCUCGAUUAUUCACAAGAAUUCCAUCCAGAUAUUCUCCAUAGUGCUGCAGAGUGCUUAACUAGCCUUGAAUUUUUCAAAUUUGAUUGGUCAUAUUACACUUCAUGUGUUAAUGAUGCCAUAUGGUGUGAUGCUGUUGGCAAACUUAUAUGUAACCAAAGAAAUUUAAAGGCUGUACAACUCAACCUCGAUUUUAAGCCUCAAGAAAUUAGCUUACAGCAAAUCGGAAGUGCAUUAAGCACUCAAGCAAGGAGUCUAGAAAGAGUUGAGAUACCUUAUGCUAAUUCAGAUAUUUAUUACAUAAUCAAUGCUUGUGCUCUAUGUACAAACCUUUAUUAUGUUGAACUGUCUAAUUGCAUGUUAUGCCCACAAUCUCCUUUGCAGUUAGCAUCAGAUGCAUUUUCUAAUCUUGGUAUUCUUAAACUUGAGACUGUUUCAACCAAUGAUUAUGGUAUUUAUGCACUGCUUGGAAAUGUAAAAUCAUGCUUGGAAAUUCUGUCUGUAAAACGUGUUAAGGGUAUAUGUUUUGAUAUAAACUUGUGGAAAGAGUGUGCCAUAUGUACACCAAGCCUUACUGAUUUGGACAUUAUACUGGAACCAGGAGAGACUGUCUUAUUGCUACAAAACGUUCUGCCCUUAUGGCAACAUCUAAAUAGGUUGUCCAUUUGUAUUUGGAGAAUUUAUUCUUGUUAUCAAGGUUAUGAAUUACUGUCAAAGUCAUUAUCAUUGCUUGGAUCAAAUUUACCAAGUACAGUGAAAUUUCUCAAGCUAGAUAUUUUUUAUCAACUACCAUGGUCAGCAUUUAAUACAUUUUUAUCUACCUGUUCAGCAAAGCUUGAAUCAUUCUAUAUUUUAAUUGAUGAUAUUAAUGAUGACUUUGUUAAGAAUCUAUUAGAACAUAUGGGAGACAGUUUAAAGUCAAUUUACUUAGAAG